CCGCCAAGCGCCAACUCGGGGCGCGUCGCGAUGACCUCAUCGUACACGUGACGCUCCUCCAGCCCGGCGCUUUGCAAACGAAUCAGGCAUCAUUCCCGGAAGGGUGAAGGUGGACCAGGGUGGUGUUGCGAAGGUAGAAGCGGCGACGGGGUCGCGCGGCUGUAGUGGAAAGUUGGUCAGACUUCUUUGUCUUUCCUCUCUACUUGAGGGGGAAGCUCAGGCUGCUGAGGUAGGCGCGUAGAAUUUCUCCCCACCGGGGGUGAAGUUUGAAGGAAAAAGGUGCCGGGGCUUUUAAGCCCGUGUAGCCUGGAAGCUCUGCGGCUGAAUUCCAGGUGCAUGAAAGCCGGCUGUGAUUUCUUCAUGGAAAGGGGAAGACCCUUUAUUUAUUUUACAUUUCUAUUAAAGACUGAAACUGAUGUGCAUGACCAGAAUUGAAUUUAAACAAUGAGUGAGCCAGAGCUGUUGCUGGACUCUAAUAUUCGACUAUGGGUGGUGCUUCCCAUUGUUUUCAUAACCUUCUUUGUGGGCAUGAUUCGCCACUAUGUGUCUAUCCUGCUCCAAAGUGAUAAAAAACUCACUCAGGAGCAAGUGUCUGACAGCCAAGUUCUAAUUCGAAGCAGAGUUCUCAGAGAAAAUGGAAAGUACAUUCCGAAGCAGUCCUUCCUGACACGGAAGUAUUAUUUCAAUAAUCCAGAUGAUGGAUUCUUUAAGAAAACUAAAAGGAAGGUAGUUCCACCUUCUCCAAUGACAGAUCCUACUAUGCUGACUGAUAUGAUGAAAGGGAACGUAACAAAUGUGCUGCCUAUGAUUCUGAUUGGUGGCUGGAUCAACAUGACUUUCUCUGGUUUUGUCACAACAAAAGUCCCCUUUCCUUUGACACUUCGUUUUAAACCGAUGUUACAGCAGGGUAUCGAGUUACUUACUUUGGAUGCAUCCUGGGUAAGCUCUGCUUCUUGGUAUUUUCUAAACGUGUUUGGACUUCGAAGCAUUUAUACUCUCAUUCUUGGCCAAGAUAAUGCUGCGGAUCAGUCCAGAGUAAUGCAGGAGCAGAUGACAGGGGCAGCAAUGGCCAUGCCUGCAGAUACUAAUAAAGCAUUCAAGACAGAAUGGGAGGCUCUAGAACUGACUGAUCAUCAGUGGGCACUCGAAGAUGUUGAAGAGGAACUUAUGGCGAAAGAUCUCCGCUUUGAAGGCAUGUUUAAGGAAGAACUGCAGACAUCCAUGUUCUGAGCCACUACAUAUGACCCACUUUAAAAAAGCCAUGUCAACUGAGCAGGGGAGACAGCACUUACCACUCGUAUUGGCAAGAUCUUUCAGACUCUGUGGAGGCACAUCACCGGCAGUUAUACUUGUUUCUGAUUUCACAGGCCUUUCAUCAGUUUUGCUAAACAUCACAAAAGCACUUUUAACUGAACAAUACAAGACCAAUUUCCAGAAAUAAAAAACACACUCUAAAGAGGAUGAUCUACUAGGUACUAAAAUCUUACCCCAGUAUACAUUAAACAGUAGGUUUCUUGGCUUUUUGAAACAUGGUUUAGAGCAUUGGUGUGGCCCUACAUAUUAACAAGUAAGUAUUCUUGCAUCUGUUGUAUCUUUCUGUUUUUAAAACUCUUAGCAACUGACCUAUUUGGGAUCUUUGGAAAGGGAUCUACAAAGAUCACUACUUUACAAUUGUUCAAGGGAGAUUGUUGGGGAAACAAGAAUUCCAAGGUCUAGUGUGGUCUACGUAGUCCAGAUAGUGACUUCUAAGAGAUCUGUGGCAUAAUGCAAAACAAACCCUUUCAUGAUUUUCAGAAAUUACUGAGUAGAUUUUUACCAUAAACCAGUGUUGGGUAAAGUAUCAUGUCUGAGAAAUAGCCCUUAGCUGAGGACUCAUUUGGGUGUAGAGAAAGGAGCAGUAUGAGCAGUUAAUCCGUGUAAUGUAAGAACCACUUUUCAAAAAUACA